AAAGGCCCCUCUUCUGACAUCAAGGCAGGAGGUUCUGUUCAUCAGGAUGGCAAACCUGAGACAUCAACCACGACGACAACAGCAUCAGCAAAAACAACAACAGCCAUUAAAAGCAUUUUGAAAAAGUCAGGUGAAGAAAUCACCAAACAGUCAAACCAUAGAGAUUCACCAAGACCCAAACAAGGUAAAAAUACGAGCAUGGCUGACUCAGUGAGAACUGAACAAAGUAGUACAGAGUCAUUUGAUGAUAUGGAACAGCCUGUAGCAUCUCUCACUGAUGAAGAGAAGCAGAUUAUUGGACUCAUGAUGCACCCACCCAGUAUAAGCAGUGACUCUGGAUCAGGUAGAAGUCCAGAAACGAAAAAUUCCCUAGUUGCAGAUUCUAGUUGCCCUUCAAGUUCAAACAAUUGUAUUUCU